AUGACACCAUGGCAAACCACGCGUCUCCUCCACGGAGUCCGCGCGAUAGUAGGCGGCCAAGGACCCCCCUUGAUCCUCAUUCCAGGCUGGCCACAAACAGCAGAGGCAUUUAGCGAUAUCUUCGAGCCCGUUUCAAAACAUUAUCGAUUCUUCGCCCUCGACCCCCCAGGAUUGGGCGACUCACAUCCACCCACUAGCUACGAUACCGCGAACGUGAGCAGAAUCAUGGCCGAAGCUGUUCACGACCACUUGAAAGAAAGCCAAUACCACCUGGUGGGCCACGACGUGGGUGGAUGGAUUGCUUAUCCCUGGGCAGCUCAAUUCCAAUCGAAAAUCAAAUCGCUCAGUAUCCUGGACGCUUCAGUGCCGGGAUUCUUGCCGCAGUUUCAGUUUCCAUUGUCUCAGCAGACCAAUUUGCGUCUUUGGCAAUUCUCGUUCAACGCACUUCCGGAAUUACCUGAAAUUUUGACUGUUGGGCGUGAGAGGGAGCUAUUGACCUGGUUCUUCAAUCUGAAGACCGUUCACCCGGAUGGUCUACCCAAGGAUCAAUUCGAACGCUAUAUUCAGGCGUAUUCAAGACCCGGGGCGAUGAGUCGGGGGUUUGAGUAUUAUCGAGCUUUUGAAACGAGCUCGAAACAGAAUUUGGAAUUUGCGAAGACUCCGCUCGAUAUACCUGUCCUGGCUUUAGGUGGUGCUAGCUCCGUCGGUUCGGGGAUGGUUGGCUUGGUCCAGAAUUUUGCCGCCAACGUUUCUGGAGGCGCUAUUGAUGAUUGUGGACACUUUCUCCCCGAGGAACAACCAUCUGCUGUCGCCCAAAGACUGCUGGAGUUUUUAGAGGCUAAUCAAAAGUAA